AUGACGAUCGAACUGAAGGGCACAACAAUCGAAGCUUUCUGGGCAAGCAUAUCCUUCAUGCUCGCCGUAGCCGUUGUUCAACCGAUCUACGUCACCACUUCAGAUGUCCUCGGCCGGCGCAUUCCACUUUUUGCAGGUCUCACGCUGUUCUCGAUUGGAGCCGUUGCCUUCGCUUUAGCACGGACUAUGAAGAUAGUGAUUGUAGGGAGAAUUCUCCAGGGCUUAGGCGGCGGUGGUCUAGAUGUACUCAGCGAGGUCAUCGUCACAGAUAUGACGAACCUCAAAGAGCGGCCUCUGUGGAUAGCACUGCUCACAAUCCCGAUGGCUAUCGGAAGUAUUCUCGGACCUACCAUCGGAGCACUUUUUAGUGAGUAUGCCAGCUGGCGUUGGCUCGGAUGGUAUAACUUGCCCAUUAUCGCAGUUGCAGCACCAUGUGCAUACUUCUUCUUGAAGUUGAAGUCUAUCGAGGAUUCCCUGGGGACUAAGCUAAAGAACUUGGACUGGAUGGGCAUGGCACUAUUCGCUACAGGGGCUGUGCUGCUUGCGCUCCCACUGAGCUGGGCUUCAGCCAUCUACCCCUGGUCGUCCUGGCGGACACUGGUGCCUCUCGUCUCCGGUAUUGCGUUCCUUCUCGGAUUUGCUAUGUGGGAGAAGUAUCCAGCGCAACCAUGCAUACCGCAUCGUAUAUGUGGCAACAUUACAGCAAAGGUUACCCUCGCUGGCGGAUUCGUCCACGGAGCGGUGCUUUACGGCGUAUUGUUGUACCUGCCACUGUUUUUCCAAGCUGUCUUCCGCGAGACACCCCUUCAAGCUGCCGUAUCGCUCCUACCCAUCUGCGUCUUCGUGGUAGUUCUAAGUGGCGUUGCGGCGCUUGCAGUCGAGCAAACUCGCUCAUAUCGAUGGACAAUUUGGUUGGGGUGGGUCUUGCUUGCAAUCGGUGUGGGCCUCAUAUCGCUAUGGAAUCGCAAGACAUCGCUCGCUAUAUCAGUCGGCUUCCAGAUCAUCGCUGGCAUUGGGUUAGGCACACUCUUCACAGUGCCUACUAUCGUCAUGCAAGCAAGCGCUCCUACCGUUGACGACCAAGGCCUCGCGGCUGGCACUUUGGUAUCUUUCCGCCUAUUCGGCGGCUUGGUUGGCAUGGCCUGUGGCGCAACGGCGUUUACUAGCACAUUUGGACGCGCGAUCGCACGGGUAGAAUAUUUGCCGGAAUCUGUGGCCGUUUUGCGGGACCCUGCGAUGGCGGUCGGAUUCAUACCGCAUCUGAGGCACGCUUCGUUGCCAGAUGACCUGCUGGAUGCGAUCACGGAUGCGUAUGCGGGGUCGUUGAGAUCAAUUUGGUGGAUCCUAGCUGGAUUCGCUGCUGUGGGAGCGCUUGUAUCACUGGGGAUGAAAGAGCUGUCCCUCGAGAGUGAGGAAGUGAGUAGACAGGUUUGGGAAGGCAAGAACGAGUGA